AUGUGCGGCGGCGCGAUCCUCGACGACCUCCGUGAGCCGGAGCUGCGCCGGUUCACGGACCGGGACAUCUGGCAGAAGAAGAAGCCCAAGAGGGGCGGCGGCGGCGGGAGGCGCUCGUUCGCGGCGGAGGACCAUGAGGACUUCGAGGCCGACUUCGCGGAUUUCGAGGCUGACUCCGGCGAUUCUGAUUUGGAGCUCGGGAAAGGGGCUGACGACGACGUCGUCGAGAUCAAGCCCUUCGCCGCCAAGGGGACUUUCUCCAGAGAUGGCUUAAGCACCAUGACUACUGCUGAUUAUGAUGCCCCUGUAGCAAGGUCAGCGAAAAGGAAGAGAAAGAAUCAAUACAGGGGUAUCCGCCAGCGCACUUGGGGCAAGUGGGCUGCUGAGAUCAGAGAUCCUCAGAAGGGUGUUCGUGUUUGGCUUGGUACUUUCAAUAGUCCUGAGGAAGCUGCAAGAGCUUAUGAUGCUGAAGCACGCAGGAUUCGUGGCAAGAAGGCCAAGGUUAACUUUCCUGAUGCACCAGCAGUUGGUCAGAAGCGCCGUUCUGGCUCAGCUUCUGCUAAAGCACCCAAGUCAAGUGUUGAACAGAAGCCUGUCGUCAAAGCAGCUAUGACCAACCUUGCCAACACAAAUGCAUCCUUCUACCAAUCUGUUAACUACCCCUCCAACAAUCCAUUUGUUCAGCAUGCCAAUAUGCCAUUCGUUCCAGCAAUGAACUUUACUGCUUCUGUUGAGGAUCCCAUCAUGAAUCUGCACUCUGACCAGGGAAGCAACUCCUUUGGCUGCUCAGACUUGGCCUGGGAGAAUGAUACCAAGACACCAGACAUCACAUCCAUUGCUCCCAUUUCCACUAUUGCUGAAGGUGAUGAGUCUGCAUUUGUCAACAGCAAUUCAAACAGCUCAAUGUUGCCUCCUGUCCUGGAGAACAAUGCUGUUGAUUUCACUGAUGGGCUGACAGAUUUAGAAUCCUAUAUGAGGUUUCUUCUGGAUGGUGGUGCAAGUGAUUCAAUUGAUAGCCUUCUGAACCUUGAUGGAUCACAGGAUGUUGGUAGCAACAUGGACCUCUGGAGCUUCGAUGACAUGCCCAUUGCCGGCGAUUUCUUCUGA